AUGUUACUUGUGAGAAAAAUCUUUCGUACCUUAUUUCACUCCUCUUCAUCCUUCUCCUCCUCUUCCAAACCAUUACACUCUCUAUUUCAACAAUAUUUAUGUGAUGAUGUGGUACGAAUUAUUUUAAGCUUUCUCUCGAUUCAUGAUUUCACAACAUUACAACUCGUAUCAAAAUCAUUCCGAUUAUCACAACUUGCUUGCGAAGAUUGUUGUUGGAAAGAUUAUUAUUUUCAAAGAAUGGAAAUAUUUAAAUAUGAAAUGAAAUUGUUACGUCUUUAUUGUGUUCCUCAUGAAGAUCGGAACCAUGAUGUGAUUCCAAACUAUUUUAGUGAUCAAUGUCAGAUGUCAAGUAAUUUUCGAUAUCAUUUAAUUGAAUUGAUGAAACAUGUCGAAAGUUGUACACAUCGACAAAUGAAAGAAUUCGAAAGCGCAAUCAUGGUCUCGUACAAGGACAUGAUUCCAAAAUUUUGUAAUCUUUGUCAAUUUUAUUCAAGCCAUGAAUUGAAACAACAGUUCGAAUUUUCGAAUUUGAUGAAUUCAUUGAAAACUAUGGAUGAAAAAUUACUGUUUCGAGUGGCUGUAAUUGGGGAUAAGAGAGCUGGAAAAUCUUCAUUUAUUGAUCCACAUGGCAAGUUUGGAGUAUUCACACUCACGACUGGUCAAGUUAAAAUUCAGUAUCAAGAUGCCACCUUUCAAAUGUUAGACAUACCAGGUUUAAAAUUUUUUGCAAGAACCGCAGUUUGUACCAACGCUCAUCUUAUUUGUCUUUGUUUCAAUGUUUUAGAUGAAAACAAUGUCAAAGAUCUUUAUCAAUGGAUCUCAGACCUUCAAGAAAAGAGAAAGCCUCAAAUUCCAAUCAUUUUAGUGGCUUGCAAAACAGAUUUGAGAUCCCGAAAGGACAUUUGCAGAGGUUUAAGAAUGAAACAUUUUUGGGAACCUUUGUCAAGCAAGAUGGGUGAGUCAUUGGCUAGAGCGUUGGGAUGUGUCACUUAUAUUGAAACGAGUGCUUUUUGUAAUCAGGGUUUUGAAGAUUUAGGUGAAAUUUUUGCCAAAGCUCUCGUUGCUCAUAAUUAUGAUCGAAUUGGAACCAUAGACAAGAAAUUGAUGUGA